AUGUCUCGUUUUCCCAGAAUUGUGCCUUGGACAACUUCAGAAGAAUAUCAACAAGUAUAUCAAUGGUUAUACUCUAAUGAUCCAAAACAAAACGAAUUAGGUGUCAAACGUGCCAAGGUUUGGUCUGCCCGUGGAAAAAAUCCUCAUGCUGUUGUGAGCACUGCUGCAUUUGUAGAAGUAUCUUUAAGAGAUACAAUUUCUUUUGGAAAAAUAUCUAAUCAUGAGUUGAGAUUAUUAUAUUCAAUGGCUUUCAUUAGAUUUGUCAAUGGAAUGGUAGAUCCAACUCAAGGUUCAUAUGCAUCAUCUGUCGCGUCGUUAGCAUUAAAACUUAAUAUGCCAUUAUGGUUUGUUGAAUUACGUCAUGCUGGAACACAUGAACAUCUUCCCAGCUUACAAGUUUUGCGAAAUGGAUGUCGACAGGCAUUGCAAUGGCUUAAUGAAAAUUAUUGGGGAAUCCAAAGACCAUUGCAAUCAACGCACAUGAACGAAAUUCAUUCAUUGCUUUCUAAAUACAAAGAAUUGCGAGAGAAAAUUUUAAAAGAUUCGGAACUGGAUGACAUGAAUUCCACGGAUAAGAUUGUUAAACGAUUAUUAAAUUUGGUUAGCGCAGAAUAUGUGAGAGAUUUACUUAUACCUGUCUUAUUAGAAGAAGGAUUUCUGGUGUCAACAGAGACAAAAAAGAGAGCUUCGGUGACCGACCAAACAUUAUCAAAGGAUUUGUUAGAUUUAUGGUCUGCCAUAUUGUGUAAAUUUGAUAAUGAAUGGACUAAUUUUGGCAGCGAAUUAGUACAGGGUAUACUAGAGAAAUUGGUCAUGGAUGAAGAGAGCGUUAAUCGUGACGCCAAUCUUAUUCAAUUGACAAACUUUCCACCUGCUUCGGAUUUGAUACAGCAACCUAAACUAAUCCACUCAAGUUCCAGUUAUCACUUAACUCUUGUGGCGUGGAUAAGUCAUAUUCUAAAACUUUAUUACACGGGUGAUUUUGUGACCUUUUCUGAUUUGGAUCUGGAAAAUGUUCUUGAAUUUUGUUUAAGAAAACCAAAUCCUUAUACGAAAAUGGUAUUACAAGUUAUGAUCGAUCAUGACGAGGAGUUGAAGACAGUUAUCACACCUUUCAUGAAUUACAUUGUUAAAAUGCUAAGUUUCAAUGAUAACUUUGAUUUUGAUAAAAAUGUUCCAAGAAUCACAGAUGAUGAUAUGAACAAGGAAAUAUCUGAGUUUCAAGAGGAGUUGAACAGCAUAGUCAAUUUGAAAGAGUCAGUAGAAGAAAAUAAUCAUAUUACAGAUUCAAAUUUAGAAUCAGCAUGGAAAAUGUAUGAUUCUGAAGAAUGGAAAGCAUGUCCAAUAGGAUGUUUACCUAAUGGACAAAUACCUUGUUUGGAUCUUUCACCUGACCUAGAUGGACAAAGUAAUGCCUUUCUAAGCAAAGUUAAGCAAUCUGGUUUAUUCUUUAAAUUUAUAUAG